UACUGGGGAACCGGCCUAAACCAUGUGAUCAGAUCCGCUUUAGUUGCUACCUAAGACAAACAUGCACGUUAUCGUUUGGUCUAUUAGGACGAACCUCAGAGAUCCCCUUCCCCUAUAACAGCACGGCGGUUUGGUAGCAGCAAAACAGCACUGCAAUCUUGCAUUUCUUGCCGCAACCAGUCCUUCGUCCUCAGCAUCCACCUACUGUGAGCUCAACUUUGUGAGGGUCUUCCACAAAGAAAAGGAAAAAUUGUUCUGUGAGGAACCAGCCAGAGCCGGAGAUGGCGGAGACGGUGGUAAGCAUGGCGAGGUCCAUGCUGGGGGGCGCCAUCAGCAAGGCCGCCUCUGCUGCGGCCGCCGAGCUGAGCUUGGUGAUGGGUGUGCAGAAGGAUAUCUGGUUCAUCAAAGACGAGCUAAAGACGAUGCAGGCAUUCUUGGCAGCCGCUGAAGCAACGAAGAACAGAGACAUGCUGCUGAAGGUGUGGGCAGAGCAAGUAAGGGACCUGUCCUACAAUAUAGAAGAUUGCCUUGAUGAAUUUAUGGUUCAUGUGAGGAGCCAAAGCCUAACAAAACGGCUGAUGAAGCUCAAAGAUCGUCGUCGGAUUGCUAUCCAAAUUCGCAACCUGAAAGCAAGAGUUGAAGAAGUGAGCAGCAGGAAUGCACGCUACAACUUGAUCAAGACAGAGGCCUCAACAACCAGUGACAAGGAGGUUCCUUACAUAGAAGAUGUACGUAAUCACUCAGCAAGCAACACUGAUGAAGCAGAACUUGUGGGCUUUACCAAGCCUAGGGAGGAGUUGAUUAAGCUGAUGGAUGUCAACACUAGAGAUGGUGAUGCCAAAGUUAUUUGUGUUGUUGGCAUGGGUGGUUUAGGCAAGACUACUCUUGCAAGAAAAACUUAUGAAAGUAAGGAAGAUAUUGUGAAGAAUUUUUCUUGCUGUGCUUGGAUCACAGUUUCACAGUCAUUUUACAAGAUAGAAAUGCUCAAGGAUAUGAUCAGGCAACUUCUAGGUGGAGAUUCACUGAAGAACUUGUUGAAAGAACUUGAAGGGAAGGUGGUGCAAGUAAAGGACCUCGCCGAGUACCUCAAUCAAGAGAUUAAGGAUAAGAGGUACCUUAUUAUUCUUGAUGACUUGUGGACCAUAGAUGCAUGGAGGUGGAUUAAAGAUAUUGUUUUUCCUAAUAGUAACAAGAAAGGUAGUCGGAUAAUAGUAACAACACGUGAUGUGGGCUUAGCAAAGGAAUGUACUCUUGAAUCCCUUAUAUACCACCUUAAAACUUUAGAGGUAGUCGAAGCCACAAAUUUGCUACUAAAGAAGAGUAGGAAAACAAAUGAAGAUAUGACCACAGAUGCAAACUUCAAGAGCAUAGUGGAAAAACUAGUUAAAAAGUGUGGUUGUUUACCACUGGCCAUACUCACAAUUGGAGGGAUCCUUGCCACUAAAAAAAUAGUAGAGUGGGAGCACGUCUAUAACCAACUCCCGUCUGAGCUUGAGAGUAACCCCAGCCUUGAAGCAAUGAAGAUGAUGGUUACUUUGAGUUACAACCACUUGCCAUCUCAUCUUAAGCCAUGUUUCUUAUACCUAAGCAUCUUUCCUGAGGAUUUUGAAAUCAAGAUGAGGCGUCUAGUAGAAAGAUGGAUUGCUGAGGGAUUGAUUAGGGGUGGGACUGGGGUGAACAUUGAGGAUGUGGCAAAAGGUUAUUUCAAUGAGCUAAUCAACCGAAGCAUGCUUCAAGCAUCAAGGGUGAACAUAGAAGGAGUUGUGAAGAGCUGUCGAGUCCAUGAUAUUGUGCGUGAUGUCAUGAUCUCAGUUUCUAGAGAUGAAAAUUUUGUGCAUGUGGCGGGAAAUAAUGUAACUGGUGCUACGGAGGAGACCUUCCGACAUGUAGCAUACCAUGGUAGCAUGUGCCAAAAGAUAGAUAUGGAUUGGAGCCACGUCCGGUCAAUAACUGUGUUUGGCGAGAGACCAUUGCGGCCAUCACCUUCAAUUUGUUCACCUGACAUGAGAAUGGUCCGGGCCUUGGAUCUAGAGAAUGCACAGUUUCAAGUCACACAAAAGGAUAUCAUCAACAUAGGAUUGUUUCGCCACUUGAAGUAUCUGAAUUUUUCUGAUCCUCGAGGAUAUUCACAUAUUUAUAAACUUCCUAGAUCCAUAGGGAAAUUACAAGGCUUGCGCACUUUGAACAUUAGAGACAGUUAUAUUACAGAACUGCCAACUGAGAUUUGUAAACUCAAGAGUUUACACAGUCUGCGUUGUACCAGAAAUAGUUCCUAUGAAUACUUUGACUUGUAUAGCCCCAGGGAAUGCUUGGUGCAAACACUUUGUCUGCCCAUGCUGUUCACACCUUUGACUGAUCCUAGUGAUUGUACCGAGAAAGUUGCUGAGCUACACAUGGCAUGGUCCAGCCGUUGGUCAGAAUCAGAAGGUGUGAGGGUGCCAAAAGGAAUCGGCAACCUGAAAGAGCUGCAAAUACUAGAGGUUGUGGACAUCAGACGAACUAGUUGCAAGGCAAUUAAAGAGCUAGGUGAGCUUGUGCAGCUGAGAAAACUGAGCGUGGCAACAGAAGGGGCCACAAAGCAAAAAUGCAAGGUACUGUGUGAUGCCAUUCAGAAGCUCACUUGCCUCCGCUCCCUUGAAGUGCAUGGCUCACUUGAAGUGGAUGGUUCGCUCGAGUGGCUGCAUGAUGUUUCCUCUCCUCCUCCCCUGUUGAGGAGUCUGAAGUUGUAUGGAUGCCUUGGAGAGAUUCCUGGCUGGGUUGGGGAUCUGAUGCAUUUGGUCAAGCUUCACUUAUGGCGCAGCGAAAUAAAGGAAGAAGGUAAAAUCAUGGAAAUACUAGGGCCACUUCCCAACCUCAUGCACCUUCGUCUUGGAAGGGGCUCUUAUAUCGGGGAGAAGUUGGCGUUCAAAACGGGGGCAUUCCCAAAUCUCAAGAAUCUGGAUAUUUGGGGUCUGUCGGAAGAGUUGAAAUUUGAGGAUGGCACCUCACCCCAGCUGGCAAUGAUUGAUAUCAAUUGGUGCAUUUUGGCAUCAGGAAUUAUUGGAGUCAACCAGCUUCCAAAGCUCAAGGAGAUCGCACUUGGCCACUAUGGUCGAGUGGCAAAUCUUGCUAUGCUGCAAAGUGAAAUUGAGGCACACCCCAACAGUCCCGUGUUGCGACUGUCCGAUGGACGGAGCAACCACGACCUGGGGGGACGUCGUUGCCCAAGUGGGAGAAUCAACAGGGGAAUCAUCAUCUCUCCAUCCUGAGCCUGCAGCAGCGGGAGGGAGCUCAGAAUCGGUGGUGACCACAAACGUCAGCCAAGACGAUCUGCUUUACACUUACAAUUCGUGCUGACUGAAAUCGAGCAAGUCUCCUGCCAGUUCCACCACAAGCAACAGUCUGCAGGUUCAGCUGGAGGUGCAGGAAGAUACAAAUGGAGUACUCAGAAUGGUUUGACAGCUGCAAGAUACGCCAUAUUGUUUCUAAAUGUUUCUCUAUGCGCAGAACAUUCUGACAGAAUUAACAGUUGGGCGAAGACUGUUUCCUCCAAUUCACUGCUCCCGUGAUCUUGGAGCAAGCUACAAUGUCAUUUCCUGAGGACCAGAGCUAUAUAGUUGAUAAACGUGAUGUCAAAUCCUAUCUUCUUUGACUCCUUCCGCUUCCGGUUCAUUUGCCCGUGGAUCUCUGUUUGUAUGAUGCCAUGCUAUAUUUGGCACUGAAUCAUAACUGUAGAAUGACGACACCUGCUUACUGUAUAAGAUUGUGCACUGGAGAAUGCCGACGCCGACGAAGAGCAUAGACAGCCAAGAUGACGUACUGUACACAUACAGGCCCGUCCAAUAACCAUGCCGCUGUAUAACUGCAUGAUCAUCAGCCAAGUGCCGUUAGGGGUUCAGACUUGUGAAGAAAAUCAGCAGCUACAAGUACACUUCAUCACUAAACGAAAAAGUGGGAACUUCCUGCAGCCUGCAGGCCAUACAAUCUGCACUGUAAGUCGUUGCCUGUCGUCUCCAAACAGAACUACUAGUUCUUUUUCAAAUGGAAGCUGACGCAUUUGGUGAAGCUUUUGGUGAAGCUUUGCUUAUUUGGCAGCGAAAUAAAGGAAGAAGGUAAAAUCAUGGAAAUGCUAGGGUCACUUCCCAACCUCAUGCAGCUUCGUCUUGAAAGGGAUGCUUAUAUUGGGGAGAAGUUGGCGUUCAAAACGGGAGCAUUCCCAAAUCUCAAGAAGCUUGGUAUUCGUGAUCUGGAUGAACUGAUAGAGUUGAAAUUUGAGGAUGGCACCUCACCCCAGCUGGCAAUGAUACAUAUCUGCUGGUGCGAGUUGAGAUCAGGAAUUACCGGAGUCAACCACCUUCCAAAGCUCCAGGAGAUCUCACUUGGUUUCGGUGGUCGAGUGGCGAAGCUUGCUAUGCUGCAAAGUGAAGUGGAUGCACAUACCAACAGUCCCGUGCUGCGACUGUACAAUGAACGGAGCGGCCACGACCUGUGGGACGUCUUUGUCCAACUGGAAGACGUAACGGGGGAAUCCUCAUCUCUCCAUCCCGAGCCUGCAGCUGCAGGAGAGAGCUCACAGUCCCAAGCAGUGGGCAUGGCGACGGCAAACAUCAGUAACAGCCAAGAUGAUGUGCUUUACACUUACAACUCGUGCUGACUGAAUUGAAGCAAGCGUCCUACCAGUUCCACUUCCACCAUGUAACACAAGUACACAACUGGUUGUCCAAAUAAGCUAGUGCUCUGUGUAGUGCAUUCGGAUUGAGCUGAGCACCACCAAGCUGCAUUGUUGAUCGCAUUGUCGACAGUUACAAGAUGGGAUCCAACUUCAAGGGAGGCCAGAUGCUUUCUCCAUACGGCGAACAUCACGGUUGCAUUUCCUUCUAAAAAUCAGUAUGAGUACUGGAGAAAGCAACGGAGGGAUCAUCUCCACUUCCAUGGCCUACAGCAGCGGGAGAGUGAUCGUCGCAGGUGGUCAACCUCCUGCGAACGAGGAGCAUUAAGAGGCCAGCUAACUUCUAUUUCAUUCAGCAGUACACUAUUAAAUGAGAUUUUAAUUUCCACUGUAUGCAUUUUUUCAACUGAUAGAUUGUGUAUUGUUGAAAAAAAAACACUUAAAUCGCUCUCUGUCUUGUAACAAGAUGUUGUGUUGUACAUGUACAAUUCAGGCUGAUGCUAGUAGCUGGUCGUUUCCCUGGCUUUGAUAUUCAUCUCUACCUGGCACUGGCCUCGGAGUCUCCACCAUGCCGCAUGUAUAGCUUGCUCUGCUCUCCCUCUGUUUGUUUGAUUCCAUCUGGUUUGUAAAAUGUCUGUUGCCGAUUUUGUUUGUCAGGGGAGAGUUGGACUAUUCAGUAGCUUGGCAAUGCUAGCAUUCUAUUUCCAGCAUGUUUUAGUUUCUAUGGAAAAUUUUAGCUUAUUCUUCGCGUCAAUUUCAUCUAGUUGUACAACAGAUACUGUUCCCUAUAUGUAAGAGCUCUCUGAAGACACCCCAACGACCAAGUCUUUUGUUUGCAUGGUAAACAUUAGAUAUUUUCAACCAGCGACAAGCUGAGGCAUUAAUUGCAUGAUCAAUAUUCUAAAAAAAAAGUUUAUUCCAAGAAUCUUGGUGUCCAGGAGCAACUAUGAGAUUUUAGAAGUGCAUCUGUGAAUGAUGAAGCUGGAGGAUCUGAAGUGAAGUUGAAAACUGAGGGGUCCCUUUGGAGUUCGCAAUGGCUCGACCAUCCAUGCGGAUCUGAAGUGUGUCACCUGUGAAGGGUCCAUACUGAUAAUUGCAGGGCAGAAGAAGAGCAAGAUCCAAUAGAGUACGGAUGAUGCAGCAUUAAUCUGCAAUGUUCAUCCUACUAUCCAUAAUUAGAAAGAUUCAGCUGGGCAGAAGAAGAGGCCGAAUUGUUUCUCUGUGUUCUCUACUUCUCUCUCUGUGAUCUAUGGCGUUUUACACUCCGGCAACCUUGGAGCAAACUACAACAUUAUUUCCAGAGCUCCGACAUGACCGAUCGAGGAUUUAAAAUUGACACCUGCUGGGUGGCUCAGGUCCCUUCCGUAGAAGGUGAUCAGUUCUUCACCAUGGAAUUGAUCAAGUUGAUGUCAAAUUUUCUUUUCUUUUGGACUCCAACAGAUUCCAGUCCACGGAACAUCAGGUGGCUGCAUCUUGCGCCAUUCACCAGAUCAUCGCAUGAUCUUAUCCUCCUAUGUAUGUACACUUGUUCAAUUUGUUAUUGCUACUAUGGUCUGUAGUUCUUUGAAAUGAAGAAUCAGGAGACAUGCAAGCCGAUGGAACUCGUGCACUAGCCGGACAUGGCUGCGCUCUGUUCCGCGUGUAACAUCAUAUCGAUAUACCACCAGCUUUCUAGUUUUCGCUGGUUUCAGUUUGCAAUAAAAUUGCAGUUUCCACAUUUC